AUGCCUAAAAGCAAAUAUGAAUGCGAACUUUGCCAUAAACCUCUCCGCAAUCUGGGCGAAGCGAAGUCCGUUCAUGACCGAACAUGCUCGGGGUUCAAAGCAUUGCAUCUUCAAUCUGUGGCGCAUAUCCAUGAGCACCUCCGGAAUGCUGCUCAAGUCCCUCCACCUCCUCCAGUUCAAGUCGAGGCUGUUGAAGUUUCGAUGGUGAUCGAAGAGGUCGAGAUCCCGGCCUUUCGCAACAGUGGUCUUCCCAACCGUCGUCGUCGCGCUCCAGCGAAAUUGAACGAUGCUGCUCCCCCACCACCACCUCGAAUCCGCGGAGUAAAUCGACCCGUUGUGCCUGUGGCGGAGACUGAACUCCCACCGCUGGCAAUGCCUGGUCCAGAGCCCCAGCCACAGAAGUGGAUUCGCACUCAAACCAACUCUUUUGGGCUUUACAAAGUCUAUCCGCAACGACCAACACAUGACCCCGACUCACAAGUUACCUCGAAAGAGCUUUAUACCAUCAACAAGCAAGCUACGGUUGGACUGGACAAUUUUCCAUUGCCGAACGAGCCUUGGUAUUACCCUUUCCCCAAUGCAUCAGUCGCACAUAUGAUCAAGUACCAUAUCGAGGAAGACAACGCGGGGUCCAUUGGCGCCUUCGACCGCCUUGUUCAAAACAUUUUACAGCCUAACGAGGAGGCUCAAUCCGAUGGGGUCGAUUUACGCGAACUUCCCGUACCUUUUUCCACAAAGAAGUUCCUCGAUGAUCUCGACAAGAAGGGAAUCGAGCCUUUAGGUAUAACGGAGAAAUGGCAACUGGGUAGUGUUACGCUGAAACUGCCUUGUGUGGGUCGAGGGCAGAAGGAAUCCGCGGCCCCAGAGUUCGAAAUAACUAAUAUCCAUUAUCGACCGCUUCUCGAUCCAAUAAAGGAAGUUCUCCAAGGUCCUCUGUUCGAGAAAUUCCACACAACCCCAUUUUCCCUCAGAUUCGACCCCACAACAGAUUCGACCCCACUCCCUCAAACUGACGCUCGACUUGAUUCGAAUACGAAUACUUGGGGACUACCAAGCCUUCCCGCUGGUCACGAAGAGGUAUUUGGGGAGAUCUAUUCGUCAGCGGCCAUGCUAGAAGCAUACCACGCCAUUCCGCAACCCCCACAUCCUCAAUCACCUGAUGAUCCCGUAGAGAGCAUCAUCAUAGCUCUCAUGGAAUGGUCCGAUGCCACUCAUCUGGCUCAGUUUGGCACCGCCUCACUCUGGCCAGGUUACACAUUCUUCGGAAACCACCCUAAAGAGUUCAGAGGUAAACCGUCUUCAAACGCAGGCUUCCACCAAGUAUAUUUCGCGAGCCUUCCCGACUCGGUAUAUGAUGCAUACCGCGAGCAUUACAAUUGUGAUAUGCCUGACGAGGUCUUCACUCACCUGAAGCGGGAUUUAAUACAUCGAAUAUGGGACCUAUUACUCUCAGAAGAUUUCAUGGACGCGUAUGACAAUGGCAUCAAGAUCAAAUGCUGGGACGGCGUUGUCCGCCUCGUUUUCCCUCGCUUCUUUAUCUACGGCGCAGAUUAUCCUGAAAAAGUUCUACUUGCGACCAUCCGAAGCAUGGGCGGCCGUCCGUGCCCUCGCUGCCUCAUUCAGAAGGGACAAAUUGCAGAGACUGGUACAGUUAACGAUAUGAAGCGACGAGCAGUCAUCCGUAUCGACGAUCACCCUCGAAGAGUAACCGUCGAGGACGCGCGCAGAGCCAUUUUUGAGAAUGGUUCUGCUGUCGCCGGCUCUUCUAUCAACAAUAUACUCCAAGAUAAGUCUUGGGUUCCGGUACGGAACGCAUUUUCCAAACUCGACACCAACAAAUUUCCGUUCAACUUUUACACCAUGUUCGUUCCCGAUCUAUUACAUGAAGUUGAACUGGGAGUGGCAAAGGCCAUCGUCACCCAUUUGAUUCGAAUGCUGCAAACCUUGAAGAACAUAGGAGAAUUCGAUUCACGCUUCCGCCAAGUUGGGACGUUCGGGCGAUCCGUGAUACGAUCGUUUGGCAGCAACGUUUCCGAUAUGAAAUAUGCAGCUGCGCGGAACUUUGAAGAUGUGAUACAGUGUAUAAUACCUGUCGUCGAGGGACUCUUUCCUGAUCACCAACGUCUGGUCGAUCAAUUGUGCUUCGAACUGGCAGUGUGGCAUGGAUAUGCCAAACUGCGUAUGCAUACAACGUCGACCGUAGAACUCUUCCGAACUGCGACCAAGGAUUUGCUUGCCUCUAUUCGACGCUUCGCUCGUGAAACUGCCAACAUCAAAACAUAUGAACUGCCCCGCGAGGAGCGCCGACGAGCAAAACAGGUGGCAAAGAAAGUGGCAGCACUCAGCAACGAAUUGCCGACAAAUCCUAUCUCAGAUUCGCAACCCAUCACUUCAGCUGACAACGCAAAAACUCAGUCCAAAUCCAAACCCAAACCCAAACCCAAACCCAAACCCAAACCCAAGUCGAAGUUGAAGUCCAAACCCACACCCGCAUCAGCGCCACCACCAGCACCCGCACCCGCACCCGCACCCGCACCCGCACCCGCACCCGCACCCGCACCCGCACCCGGACCGGCACCCGGACCGGCACCCGGACCGGCACCCGCGCCCGCACCCGCACCCACUACCGCGCCCGCACCCGCACCCACUACCGCAGUCGAUUCUCUGACAAAUGUGCCAGCUGCCAUGACAUCAACAUCCCUAGCUUCUCCACCUGUUCUCGUCGCCAACACAUCUAAACGAGCGCCCGAAAAAAUUGAGAAACCGUUCAACUUGGUCACUUACAAGUUGCAUUCCUUGCCGGACUACCCAGAUUCCAUUACACGAUUCGGGACCACAGACUCGACCUCGACCCAAACUGGAGAGUUAGCUCAUCGACUGGUAAAACUGCUCUAUCGAAGGACAAAUAAGCGGGAUCAUGUCCGCCAAAUUGCGAAACAUGAGCAUCGUCGACGUUUGAUGCGUGCGAUGUGGGAAAGGCGUCAAUGGUACAAGGAUCGAGAGAAGACCAUGUCCGCUAGCGCACCAGAGCACACAGCCAAUACCGAUCAACCGACUGGUCGCCGAAGAAGACUGCGGUCUAGCUUGCGACCCAAACCCCGUUCGUUGUACGGUGCCUACGUGCCACCAGAACAGCACCACUACAUAUCGGAUUCUCGAAGAACAUUUUGGCGUCUUUCCGACAUCGAGGCCGAUACAAACUCUGAUUCCGAUGGUGACGGACCUGCCGUGGAUCCAAUGGAGAUCGAUCAGCAAGAAGACCCUGCCUUAAAAGACUUCAUCAUCAAGCUCAAGGCCCAUUUUCGUUUUCGCCUGCUGGACGUUGAAGAUAGCGACAUAUCCUUCAAUCAGGAUGAGUUAAUGAAGGUCCUCAUAGAGAAGGAAAUGCUCUAUACCCAUGCGACAAUGAGGGUGAACUAUACGACUUACGAUGUAAGAAGAGAUCAAGACAUGCUGAACCCACGCAACCGCAAGUUUUUCAUCGUUCACUCGCUGGACCCUGUGGAUCCUCACCGCUAUUGGUACGGGGAAAUCCUGGGCAUCUUCCACGCCUAUGCGUCACUGGCGGACCGGCCAAGCAAACCAAAACGGCUCGAGUUUCUUUGGGUUCGUUGGUUUCAACGUGAUAUUAGUUAUCACUGUGGGUUCAAGGCCAAACGAUUACCUCGCCUGCAGUAUAUGCCUCACCAACACGAAGAUGCAUUCGGGUUUCUCGACCCUCAAGAUGUUGUGCGGGGUUGUCAUCUAAUUCCCGCUUUUCAGCAUGGUCGCACAACCGAUUACCUUCCGAAAUCUAUUGCCCGCCCCGAAACUGCAGCAGAUCAAGACUGGCAAUACUACUAUGCCAAUAUGGUUGUGGAUCGUGAUAUGCUGAUGCGGUAUCACCAAAACGUCGUUGGUCAUCGCAAACUUGUGUCAGUCCCAGUGACUCUGGACAGCGAUCCUGAGCCAGCGGAUGACAACGUGCCGGACGAGUCAAGCGAAGUAAUGGAUGUCGAUUCAAUUGUUCCGUUGGAGAAUGGGGAGGAUGGGGAGGGGGGAGAGGACCCCGACUGGUGUGCUGACCUGGGUUACGAAAGCGCCGGGGAGGACGAAAGCGCCGAUGAAGAUGAACCCCUUCAAGGGGAUGAUGCAUUGCACAACCGUUUGGGCUUUGCGGCGGAGUGA